AAGACAGGAGGAGAAAAGUGUUGUUCAGUGUCAUCGCGCACGAGGAGACGCAGUUUCCACCACAUGAUGAUCGUCAUUGCUGAGUUUAUUUAUUUAUUUAUUAUUUACUGCCAUAUCAUCCACAAGCCUUCGCUUCGACUCGCGUCAUUCCCUCAGUGAUCUCACGAGCGCCGCUCGUGUUGGCGCUCCUUCCCCCCCUCAGCCACCGACGCGGACCCUGCAGUCCAGUGGACCACUUCUGGAUCAGUAGACCGCAUGGCUGGAGCCCCACUGGACCGCCACGGGACCACUGGAGCAGCACCCGAGACUGACUGGUGAUCCGAUGAUGACCGCCCCCAAGUGAAGAUCCACCGAGAAUCCAUCGAUGAGGCGCGCUGCUCUCCUCCAGCUGGUGGGCGAAUCACCCAAAGGAGUAGCACUCACAGAGGGGGGCUGGGGGGGUGAGAGACGCCAGUGUGCAGGGGACACCUGAUGCGCGUGCCCGCCGCGCGCCCCCGCGAUGAGAGAUCCAGACCAGUCUAACUUGACUAAACAUCUGCCGUUGACUCAUUAGAGCGGCGCGCUCGCGGGCGACGGGUGGACGGAUGUUCGUUUCUUCAACGUCAGUCAACAACGGUCUCGUGGAGAACCGAGCGCAGUCAACGAAAAAGUCGAGGGGAAGAAGGAGGGCGAUCCUGCUGAACUUGUCCCAAUAUAAGUUGUCGUUUGUGGUCGGGGGACGAGGCGCGCGGAGUGCGCGUGACGGCGAGGCGCUUUAACGGCGCGCGGUCGGCGGUUUCCCGCCUCGAGCGGAAAUCAGAACCAGCUCGAUCCCGACCCAGAGACGCUGCGCCAUGUGCCCCCCGCAGCCUGUCCCCCCUGCUGACAGACACAGCUAGCCCCACCUUGAUGGAGAUGGAGCAGUAUCCUGGGGACGAGUCGGGGCUGGGGAACGUCACCAACUGCUCGGGGGCUCCUGGGGAGGUAGCGAAGGCGACGACGGCGACAGAAACAACACUGCUGGUGCUCCUCCUGGGGGCUCUGACCCUCAUGACCGCACUGGCCAACGGCGGCGUCAUUGCGGCCAUCGGCACCACCAGGAAGCUCCACCUGCCAGCCAACUACCUCAUCUGCUCGCUGGCCUUCACCGACUUCCUGGUGGCCGCCCUGGUGAUGCCGCUGAGCACGCUGUACAUCGCGACGGAGACCUGGUCCCUGGGACGUGUGGUCUGCGAAAUCUGGCUCAGCGUGGACAUGACCUGCUGCACCUGCUCCAUCCUGCACCUGUGUGCCAUCGCGCUGGACCGAUACUGGGCCAUUACUGACGCCAUUGAGUACGCCCGCAAGAGGACCGCACGCCGCGCUGCCGCCAUGGUGGCCAUCGUGUGGACCAUCUCCAUCUUCAUCUCCAUGCCACCCCUCUUCUGGAGGCACAGUCAAGGGGCCAACGCCAGCAAUCGCAGCCGGUGCGUCAUUGAGCACGACCACGUGGGCUACACAAUCUACUCCACUUUCGGGGCCUUCUACAUCCCCAUGGGCCUCAUCCUCAUCCUGUACUACAGGAUCUACAGUGCCGCCAAGACGCUGUACCAGAAGCGUGGCUCCACCCGCUAUCUAAGCAGCCGCAGCACGGACAGCCAGAACUCGCUGGCCAACUGCCGGACAGCACACGCCCUCUGCGUGUCUGACAUGUCCAACUCUGACCCCACACUGGAGUUUGACAAGCUCCACGUGACCAUCCGCAUCCCGCCCUUUGAGGCAGAGGUGGAGGGCUCCAGUGAAAGGAGCCAGAUCUGCUCUUCUCGGGAGAGGAAGGCUGCCCGCAUCCUAGGUCUCAUCCUGGGUGCCUUUGUGCUCUGCUGGCUGCCCUUCUUCAUCAAGGAGCUGCUGGUAGGCCUGCACCUCGUGCACCCGUCACCUCAGCUCUCUGACUUCCUCACCUGGCUGGGCUACGUCAACUCGCUCAUCAACCCCUUGCUGUACACCAGCUUCAAUGAGGAUUUCAAGCAGGCCUUUAAAAGAUUGCUGCGGUGCAAAGACCACGCAUAGACACCCCCGGCACCGAUA